AUGUAUGAUGGCGUUAAAAAGAUUGAAAUACCACAAUGGAUUGAAAAAUCUAGUUCCUUCAUUUUUGGUGGAAUUGGUGGAGUUAUAUCCACAUGUGUGAUCCAACCCAUUGACAUGAUCAAGGUCAGACUCCAAUUACGUGCUUCUUGUGGCUACAAAUCAUCAUUUUACAACAUUUGUAGAUGUAUAAUGGAAAAUGACGGCAUUAAGGGAUUCUAUAGAGGAUUAGAUGCUGCUGUGUCGCGGCAAUUGGUGUAUACAACUACUAGACUUGGAAUUUUCCGAUUAUCAUCUGAUGCAUUUUGUGAGAAAUUAGAUGUUAAUAUCUUGCCAUUUAGCUACAAGGUUAUAAUUGGACUCUAUUCUGGAGCUAUUGGCGCUUUCAUAGGAAAUCCGGCUGACCUGUCGCUGAUACGGUUGCAAUCCGAUGCCGCGCUGCCUCCAAAUCAGCGAAAGAAUUAUUCCGGAAUUUUUAACACUAUUUUCAGGAUUGUAAAGGAAGAAGGAAUUUUUGCUUUAUACAAAGGUUCUACGCCUACUAUUAUUCGAGCCAUGGCACUCAACGCAGGGAUGUUGAGCACUUUUGAUCAUAGCAAGGAAAUUAUCGCUAGGUACACAGAUAAUAAGACGUUGAAUUCGUGCUUGUCAAGUUGUAUUGGUGGAUUUUUUGCCGUUACAUGCAGCCUUCCCUUUGAUUAUAUAAAAACGUGUUUACAGAAGGGCAAAUCACAGAAAUUUAUCGCCUUAGAUGAUUCUUAUAGUGGGUUUAUGGAUUGCGUAGUUAAGAACUACAAAGAGGGGGGGAUAAGGCGUUUUUAUGCAUCAUACGGGACUUAUUAUAUUAGAGUGGCUCCUCAUGCUAUGUUAACACUUUUGCUAGUGGAUUUAUUCCAGUCACUAGCCAAAAAGUAUACAACAGUACGCGAUAAAUCAAAACUCUAA